GAGUCCAACUUGCCUGACAUGGAGAUCUUCACAGCACUCAAGACAGCCGUCGUGCUCAUCUGCGCGGUCCACGUUCAGAACGGUUACGCGGCUGGAGAUGAGUGCGACGUCCUGCCCACCAUUCGCUGCUCCCGGCACUACUUCCAGGCCAUGAACACCAACAUGCACCGGCUGGCUACGAUGCGGACCGGAGACAUCGACGAGGAAAUGGACACUCUGCUCAGGUCCUUCCCCGCGAGGCCCGAAUGCUUCCGCUGGGCAGAAGAGUGCACCAACGCCACGGUGAAAGAGUUCCUCGCCCGUGUCGAGUCGAGCUACGAGCUCGCCUACAAUGCGGUCAGCGACAGAAGCGUCUUCAAGGAUCUCGUGACGGCGUACAAAUGCUACGACGUGGAGCGCUUCACCCCUUGCAUGUCGAAGGCUAUCCGAGAUUUCUUCACACUGCCCCUCAAGGACUCGAUGGCCGGCAUCAAAAAAUACGCCGGGUACUUGACCAAGACCACUCAGGCCUGCCUGGUCGCCACCGAGACGUGUCCCGAGGGUGCCGACGCCGGCAAGGAGCGGGCGCUCAAACUGCUCCUGGCAUUCGCGCAAAUCUGGAGCUGAGCGUGAAGGGCACCGCGGGACAACGCCUCUCGUAAACACGGACGGCUUAAAACAAAAACAAAAUAAAAAAGAACGGAUCGUGGUUUGUUAAUGUUUA